AUGACGUACACAUAUCUCUGCGGGUGUAUCUACUACACCCACCCUCAAGCAAAGCCUAUCUACCUACCCCGUAUUGGCAUCAAAGCCCACGCGACUAUCCUGUCGUCCGUUUCCAGAACAAUCCUCACCCAGACAUACACGAACCCAUCCAAGAACAUCCUGCAAGAAGUCUCAUAUACCUUCCCGUUAUACGAUGGUGUCAGCGUAGUGAGUUUCAAAUGCCAGAUCGGCGACCGCACCCUGCACAGCCGCGUGAAACCACGCAAGCAAGCCAAGGCGGAAUACGACAAUGCCGUCUCAAAGGGCGAGUCUGCAGCGCUGAUGUCUCAUUCGCUGAGUGCCUCGGACGUAUUCUCCAUUAAACUUGGAAAUGUCAGGCCUGGAGAGAAGGUUGUAGUAGAGCUUACCCUCGUCGGGGAGCUGAAGCAGGAUGCGCAGACUGAUGCGGUGCGGUAUACGCUGCCUAACUCUAUCGCGCCGCGGUACGGCUCCCAGGCGGAGGAUAUGGUAAUGCCGCCGGAGGCAGAUGUGCAGGGUAUUUCCAUCACUGUGGAUGUGCAGAUGGAGAGUACGGCUGUUAUCCGGGAGAUCCAGUCGACGAGUCAUUCGCUGAGUGUUGCGCUGGGACGGGUGUCGGUGUCCAGUGCGUCUGACAAGGAUUUCAAUCCGGCGCAGGCGUCUGCAAGUGUCAAUCUAAAGGAAGAUCGGACCUCGCUGUCGCGCGACUUUGUCCUCCUCGUCAAGGCAGAUGGACUCGACACGCCCCGUGCGAUGCUGGAGACUCACUCGACUAUCCCUAGCCAACGGGCGAUCAUGACGACUCUUGUCCCGAAAUUUGGCCUUGAGCCAAUCAAACCUGAGAUUAUCUUCGUGAUCGACCGCAGUGGAAGCAUGAUGGAGAAAAUCGACACGCUCAAGUCAGCCCUCAGGGUCUUUCUCAAGAGUCUCCCGGUAGGAGUGUGUUUUAAUAUCUGCUCUUUCGGCAGCUCGUACUCCUUUCUGUGGAAGCAGAGUCUUCUCUACAAUGCCGAGAGCCUCCAGGAAGCUCUGAGCUUUGUCGACGGCGUCCGUGCGGAUAUGGGCGGAACGGAGAUGCAGGAGGCCGUUGAGGCUACGGUCCACAGUCGGAUGAAGGACAAGGAAUUGGAGGUCUUGAUAUUAACGGAUGGGCAAAUCUGGAACCAAGAAGCGCUCUUCAAAUUCAUCCGUGAGACGGCCGCUGACAAUAGUGCACGGUUCUUCUCACUCGGAAUUGGCGAUGGGGCGUCGCAUUCGCUCGUCGAUGGGAUUGCGCGCGCCGGGAAUGGCUUCUCGCAAUUGGUCGUGAACUACGAAGAGCUGGACAGGAAGGUGGUGCGCAUGCUCAAGGGAGCACUGACGCCACAUAUUUCCGACUAUAAGCUGGAGGUCGAGUACGAUGACGGUGCCGAGGAUUUUGAGGUCGUUCUCCCGGAGCGGCCGAAGACCAUGACCGUUGAUGACACCGAAAAGGAGCAGCAGCCGAUUUCCCUCUUUGAUGCAGACUACAAGGAGAACGAGCAGAGGAUGGACGAAGAACCCCUACCGGUGCUCACACCUCCCCCAACCAUCCAAGCACCAUACAAAAUCCCGCCUCUCUACCCUUUUAUCCGAACGACAGCAUAUAUCCUCCUGGGUCCAGCAACCAUGCACACCCCCAAAGCCCUCAUUUUCCGCGCCACUUCAAAGCAAGGUCCGCUCGUCCUGCGCAUUCCAAUCGACGACAUCGGCACAGGGGAGACCAUUCACCAACUUGCCGUCCGAAAAGCCAUGAUCGAGCUCGAGGAAGGACACGGUUGGCUCGCCGCCGCAACCAGCAACGGAAACCCAGUCAAUAAUCUCCAUCCCGCCUCGAAAGAACGUAUCAUCGCUCGUGAAUGUGAGAAACUUGGGACCCAGUUCCAAGUGACCGGCAAGCACUGCUCCUUCAUCGCCCUGCAGAAAGACAGCACCUCGGAUCAGGAGAAAGAGACGGAUAUUGCCAACCUUCCUAUCCCCGAGGCUCCUCAGGAAGAAAAUACCGUCCACGCGGUUUUCGCAUCGGCACCCGGCCCUGUUCGUGCCAGAAACAGGCGGUUAGCCCCAAAAGCGCAUAGGAAAAUAGUGCCACCCCCACCACCGCCACCGACCCGAUUCAGUGCACGCUUACUGGCAAGGCAAACCGCAGGAUCGCCGUCAAGCUCAUACGCCCGCUUCGCAGAUUCUUCAAGCGCAACAGGAGUCCCACAGUCGUUAUUCGGUGCGCCUGCAGUUGCAAGAUCACCACCACCUCCACCUCCGGCUCCAGGGAUGGGAUUCGGAUUUGAUGCGCUGAUGCAGCCGGCCGUCUGUCCUCCCGGUCCCGUCUCGGAAGAUGCUAUGAUGGAGAUGGAAAGCGCAGACUCCGCUGGCUCGGUCGGGUAUACACCUGCGUCUCCUACUGUCCCCAGUGAGACUGCCGGAGGGGCAAGCACAGUUCACAGGAUUAUCGCAUUGCAGUCGUUCGAGGGGUACUGGACUUGGUCAGCGGAGCUGAUGGAGGUCCUAGGGCUAGAUGAGCGGGAUAUUCGAGUUCGGCUGAUGAAGCUAUUUCAGAAGGAUAGCAGAGGUUCUAAUCUGACAGUCAUUGCGACCAUGCUGGCAAUGGCGUACCUGUCCACCAAGUGUGCGGAUGAUCGCUCGGUCUGGGAAUUGGUGUACGACAAAGCUGAGGGGUGGAAGAGACAGACACUUGUAGAGAUGGGGGAGGCGGGAGAUGUUCUCAAAGCAAAGGAGAAUGAGAUCAUUGCCUUGGUAUGA